AUGAGUUUGAUCCAAAAAUCGACUCCUAUACCCUCUCCCAAUGAUUCGCUUCAUAAUCGAAUGUCGCCGAAAACUUCGCUGACCCUGCUGGCGGCGGGUCUGGGAGGGUUAUCGGCUACAAUGUGCCAACUGUCCAUGCCUAAGGCUCAAACGUUUGAUCCCUUCUUGGUUCCAUAUGUCAAGCAAACAUUCAUCCAUUCAGGUUUCAAUCAUACUGACGUCGUCUUGAAAACAUCACGAGCUCAAGACCAUGACUUUUUCUCUAGGUAUCUUGUUCAGCCACCAACUCGUGACAAGUUUCUGCGCUUGGCUCUUAAGAAACUGCCUUAUAAUCGCUAUCUUUCUCAAGUGAAGCAAUCUCAAGCUCCAGUUCCCAGCGUCUCGCCUCCACGCACUUCGCCGAGGAAAACGGAAGUUAUUCAACCACCUACACCGGCUGUUGUCAUCCCUCUUCCUCGCAAUUUCAUGGAAUGUCCUCUUGGCGACCUAAUUUCGCUUAUGGGUCGAAUGAUGGCCCUGCUUAUCAAAGUUAAUGAUAAACAAGUGCCUGUUGAAAUAAGUCAUCCACUACCAGAGACGCAAACCACCACUAACCUGCUUCUUACUCGGUAUCAUCUGAGAAGUCCGCCCAAUAUUUCCACGACUAAAUACUUAUCGCGAUUGGUAAAGUUCAACAAUUUCAAUCCUGCGACUCUCUUGACGCUGAUAUACUACAUCGACUUGUUGUCUCAUCAAUACCAGCCUUACUUUACACUAAACCUGUGGACAGUACAUCGAUUCCUUCUCGUGGCCACGAUGAUUGCUCAAAAGCUGAUGGAGGAUUUCUUUUACACUAAUGAUCACUAUGCUAAGGUCGGUGGUGUGGCGAUAUCGGAACUAAAUUGUUUGGAACUUGACUUUUUGGCACGAGUAGACUGGAGGUGUGUUCCAGUAAAAAGUGUUGAUGGAUCGUCUAGCAUUAAACACGCUCAAGACGUUCUCAGCUUGUACUACAAUCAAUUAAUUGAAUUGAUGGGUAAGAAUACCGCGCUGGAACCUGGUUCAGCUUCUCAUUAUGUUCAAGCAGAUGAAGACAACUUUGUGACCAGUUACGCAGAUGACGAUGAUGAGGUGGACGACGAUGACGGCGUUGCUGAAGACGACGAGUUUGAUGACUGUGGUGAAUGUCCAUCACCGAUGCUCUACCAACCUGUUGGCAGCAAACACAAUAAUGACUCACGUGGCUACAUAUCUGGAACUUUCUCGCCACACUUGAAACGACGGUAUCCUGAGGAUUAA